UAAUGAUUCCUGAGGGACCCUGAACACUUUACUGAAAGAGAAACCCUAUAAAGCCACUGUGUGUGUGUGUGAGAAGCUCAGUCUGAGUGCAGCCAUGGCCAAGCUGGUGGAGUGUGUGCCCAAUUUCUCCGAGGGACGAAAUAAAGAGGUGAUUAAGGCCAUCGCCGACGCCGUUUCUGCUACAGAGGGCUGCAGCGUGCUGGACGUGGACCCUGGAGCCUCCACAAACCGUACCGUGUACACGUUCGUGGGUUCUCCUCAGGCCGUGGUGGAGGGAGCGCUGAACGCUGCACAUGCUGCUUUCAACCUUAUCGACAUGACCAAGCACAAGGGCGAGCACCCGCGGAGCGGCGCUAUGGACGUGUGUCCCUUCAUCCCAGUGCAGAACACCAGCAUGGAGGAGUGUGUGACCUGCGCUAACGAGUUUGGGAGGAGAUUAGCGGAGAUGCUGCAUGUACCAGUGUACCUGUACGGAGAGGCGGCAAGGAGUGAAAGCAGGCGCUCUCUGCCGUCUAUCCGUGCGGGAGAGUAUGAAGCUUUACUGGAGAAGCUGAAGAAGAGCGAGUGGGCUCCAGAUUUCGGUCCGGCCACGUUUGUCCCUUCGUGGGGCGCAACAGUCACCGGAGCUCGGAAAUUCCUCAUCGCUUACAACGUGAACCUGCUGAGCACCAAGGAACAAGCUCACCGAAUCGCUCUGGACAUCCGGGAGCAGGGCAGGGGCAAAGGACAGCCAGGGCUGCUGAAGAAGGUGCAGGGGAUGGGCUGGUACCUGGACGAGGCUAACCUAGCUCAGGUGUCCACCAACAUCCUGGACUUCGAGGUCACUCCUCUCCACACCGUCUACGAGGAAAUCUGCAGAGACGCGAGGGAGUUGAACCUGUCGGUGGUCGGAUCUCAGAUUGUCGGUCUGAUUCCUCUGAAAGCAGUGCUGGACUGUGCAGAGUAUUACAUCCGGAAAGAGAAACUCUUCAUCUUAGAAGAGGAGCACAAAGUGCGUCUGGUCAUUAGUAAACUGGGUUUGGACUCUCUGGGGCCGUUUGUUCCUAAAGAGAGAAUCAUAGAGUACAUGGUAGAAGCCGAUCAGAAGGAGGGACAGCUGGCAUCUCUUUCUCUGCGCCAGUUUGUCCGAAGCGUCGGUGCUCGAACCCCGGCGCCUGGAGGGGGCUCUGUUUCUGCAGCGAUCGCUGCCAUGGGUGCGGCUCUGGGCUGUAUGGUGGGACAGAUGACAUACGGUAAGAAGCAGUUCGAGGCGUUGGAUGGUGUGAUGCGGAGACUCAUCCCUCCUUUCCACCAGGCCAUGGACGAGCUGCUGCUAAUCGUAGAUGCUGAUUCUACUGCCUUCAACAGCUACAUGGCUGCCCUGAAAAUGCCCAAAAGCACAGCGGAGGAAAUUCAGAGGAGAGACGAGGCCAUGCAGGACGGACUGAAGAAAGCAGUCAGUGUACCCAUGUCUCUGGCUGAGAGAGUGAUGCUGCUGUGGCCGGUGCUGAAGGAGCUGGUGACGUACGGCAACCUGGCCUGCAAAUCAGACGUCCAGGUAGCAACUAAAGCUCUGGAGACGGCCGUGUUUGGUGCUUAUUACAACGUCAUCAUCAACCUGAAAGACAUCACCGAUGAGACAUUCAAGAGCACCAUGGAGGAGAGAGCAUCUGCGCUGCUAAAGCAGGCCACUGAGAGUGUUAAUGAAGUGCUGGAUGCUGCCAGCAAACGCCACUGAACACACACACACACACACACACACACACACACACACACACAUACACACACACACACACACAGCAAAUGAGUAUUUAAUCUCCAAAGUUCAGCAUUAUAGUAAACACACUAACAGACACCUGUAGAGAUUCAGAGCUCAUUCUGAGACACAACACACACACACACACACACACAUACACACACACACACGGGAGCAUGAAGGAGGGAAGUGUGUGUAUCAGGACCUGGCUGAAACACACACAGUUGUUGUAUGGAUGGCGUGGGUAUAAUUCUCUAACAGACACACAGCACUGUUCCACUUCAUGAUCAUUAAUCAUUUGUGCCUCAGGCUGUAAACACAAUAUUUAAUAAAAAUCAUUUAACACUCGGA